AUGCAGUACAUUAUGGAAGGAAUUAUGGAGGAAAACAACUUGGCAGAGGUUCUAGAUGCUGAAGUGGUUUAUGAAGAAGAAGAAGUUUCUGAAGAUCAUGAGAUUGGCUUGGAGGAGCUAGAACAAGCACCUCAUUGGAUAGAUGAUGAAGCCAUCCAUGUUAGAGAGGAGUUAGAAGAAGUGAAUCUUGGAACCUCUGAGGAACCUCAGGAAUACAAAGAUUGCUUUGCAUGGCAAUAUUCUGAUAUGUCGGGGUUAAGCAGAACAUUGGUAGAACAUCGGCUUCCUAUUAAGCCCGAGUUUCAGCCAUACCGCCAACCUCCAAGAAGAGUGUCAAAAGAAGUUGAAUUAAAGAUUAUGGUGGCUAAAGAAGACAUCUCCAAAACGGCAUUUAGAUGUCCAGGAUCUAUUGGGACAUUUGAAUGGGUGGUCAUGCCGUUUGGUUUACGUAAUGCUGGUGCAACAUAUCAGAGGGCUAUGAAUGCCAUCUUCCACGACCUCUUAGGUAAAACUAUGGAGGUUUAUAUUGAUGAUGUUGUUGUAAAAUCAAAACUAAUGAAAGAUCAUUUGAAAAAUCUAGAGGAGGCAUUUAGGAGGAUGAGAGUUCACUGUUUAAAACUCAAUCCUCUGAAAUGCGCCUUUGGUGUAAAAGCUGGAAAUUUUUUGGGGUUUUUGGUCCAUGAAAGAGGCAUUGAAGUGGACCAAAACAAAACCAAAGCUAUUCGAGAAGCUAAACCGCCUAGAAAUAAAACAGAACUUCAGAGGUUUCUUGGGCAGGUUAAUUACUUAAGGAGAUUUAUAUCUAAUCUUGCAGGAAAAACAAAAGUGUUCUCAGAACUGUUGAAAUUAAAAAAGGAGGAUGUCUUCAGAUGGGAAACCAUCCAUCAAGAGGCUUUUGAUGAAAUUAAAGAUUAUCUAAUGAAGCCUCCUGUAUUGAUGCCUCCCAAAAAGGGUAUACCUCUGAGGUUGUACAUUUCAGCAGCCGAAGGUUCAAUUGGGUGUCUGCUAGCCCAGAGCAACCAAGAUGGACAUGAACAGACUAUUUAUUAUUUGAGCCGUUCGAUGACAUCUACAGAGGUUAGAUACACUCCUAUCAUGAAAUUGUGUCUGGCUUUGUUUUUUGCCUGCACUAAGUUAAGACACUAUCUGCUUAGUAAUAGAGUCUAUGUGGUGUCUCAAACCGACUUGAUGAAAUAUAUGCUAAACAAACCUGUUUUAUCAGGAAAUAUUGGAAAGUGGUUAUUAAGUUUGGCAGACUUUCAUUUGAUUUAUCAUCCCCAGAAGUCGGUCAAAGGUCAGACUCUAGCAGAUUUCCUAGCCGACCACCCAUGUAUAAACCUAGGCGAUGAAAGUAAAUUUGACUUACCGGUUUUUAUGAAUGAACAUAGACCUUGGAUGCUUAAAUUUGAUGGGUCUAGUACAGAUAGGUCUGCGGGUGCUGGAAUCAUAAUAGUAUCACCUUCUGGAGCUAAGACCUCCUUGUCUUUUAAUCUUGACUUUGAAUGUACAAAUAAUCAAUCUGAGUAUGAGGCUUUGAUUAUUGGAUUAGAAAUCCUCCUAGAUCUAGGUGCUAAAAAGGUCAAAAUAAUUGGAGAUUCUCAAUUGGUUAUUAGACAAGUGUCUGGCGAAUAUAAAUGUAUGAGUUACUCUUUAACUUCUUAUUAUGCUAUUGCUAUACAGUUAAUAGAGAGUUUUGAAGAGGUUGAAUUAGUACAUGUUCCUAGAGAGGAAAAUUGGGAGGCCGAUGAAUUAUCACAGCUAGCAUCUGGCCUACGUCUGUCGGAGGAGUUAACUCACCGACUAGUAAUGGUACAAAGAAAAACUCACCCUUCAAUUUUUAAAAGAGGAGUACAACUAGAUAUUUUCAAUAUUGAUGAUAACUUAGUACAGGAUUGGAGGAGAGACAUUAAAAAGUACCUGGAGAAUCCUAGCAAGAAGAUGAUGUAUAAAGUAAGAGUGAGAGCUGUUAACUACGUGCUCAUAGAAGAUGUUUUAUACAGAAGAGGAUUCGACAACCUAUUGCUAAGAUGCCUUGGAACUACAGAGGCACUAGAGGUCAUGAAACAAACUCAUGAAGGAGUUUGUGGAGCACAUCAAUCCGGAGUGAAAAUGAGAUGGCUGAUCCGAAGACAUGGUUACUUCUGGCCAUCUAUCCUAAAAGAUUGCAUGACUUUUGCAAAGGGUUGUCAAUCGUGCCAAAGGUAUGGAAACAUACAAAGACUUCCAGCUGCUGAGUUGAAGUCUGUCAUCAAACCAUGGCCAUUCAGAGGUUGGGCCAUAGAUUUGAUAGUGUUACCCAUGGAGGUGGUGGUGAGGUCAUUGAGAGUAGCUAAGCAGAAUCAUUUGACUCCAGAAGAUUACAAUGAAACCAUGAUGAUGGAGUUAGAAAAUCUAGAAGAAGGGAGACUUCAGGCUUUAAACAAUAUGAUAAUACAGAAGAAGAAAGUCUCCAGAAGCUACAACAAGAAAGUUAGACCUAAGACAUUUCAAGAAGAUGAGCUAGUAUGGAAGUUGAUCUUACCCCCUGGUACUAAAGAUAGAGAAUAUGGGAAAUGGUCUACUAAUUGGGAAGGGCCAUUCUUAGUCCACAAGGUGAUGAAGGGGAAUGCGUACUGGCUAUCAAGUCUAGAGGGUGAGCCUCAUAGAAAAUUUAUUAAUGGAAAGUACUUGAAGAAAUACACUCCCACCAUCUGGGAGAAAUACAACUUAGAAAUGACUUAAUGGCUUUUAGCCAUACAUGUACUGCAGAUUAUGUAACUUGUUUUAGCAAUAUCAGUACAUGAGUCGUAACAUUGUGGCUUUUUAGCCGAGUGUAUUAUCAGAUUUUUAGUAGUUUGGCUAUUUUGGCUAAACCUGUACUUUUUCAUUAACUUAUGGAUUUUGGCACAAGAUGUAAUGUAAUGGCUUUUAGCCAUUUUUGAUAAUUAAAAUUCUAAAUUUGGCUACUUUAGCUAAAUUGGUGAGGCUAUAAUUAAUCGACUAUAGAAAAUUAAUUCCAGAAGUUGGUUCUAGAAGUCGACUCCUAAAAGUUGAUUCCUAGAAGUUCUAGAAGCUGACUUCUAAAAGUGGACUCCUAAAAAUUAAUUCCAGAAGUUUGUUCUAGGAGUUGAUUUCUAAAAGUUGAUUCCUAGAAGUUCAAGUUGACUGGUCAGUUGAUCCUCUAGAAGUUGAUGUCAAGAGUUGACUGUCAAAGGUGGAAAGUCAAACUACUACUAUGUUUAUAAGGUCUCUAUUCUACUAAGACUUCUUAAACUUUGGCUAACUAAGCUAAAGGGAUCAAAAGAAAAUUCAACAACAUUCAACAACAAACAAAAACGGCCCUGUAAUGCAAUGCAUGGCUGUAAGUGACAUAUGUGAUUUGUUCGUGAAACAAGUCCUGGUAUGGACAUCACAUCACUACACAAGUAUAUGGCAAAAGCCAUCUUCAUACCAGGAACAUAAACACAUAGUGAAAAUGCAAUGCAUGGCUGUACCUGUAAGUGAAUCUUGGUGUGGAACACAACAAGCAAACAAAUGGCUGGAGAGCCAUCUUCACACCAAGACAUUUGAAGUUUAGAAAGUACCUGAAUGGCGUCUCUGUGAUGCAAUGCAUGUACAAGUGUAUAGGUGCAGGUGUACGUGUCACCAAGC